GGGCGGUGCUGUGGCGCCGUGCGGGAGCAGGAGCGGGGCUCGGUGCGCUCGCGCCGUUCCUCGGCCCUCAUGGCUCCUGCCCGCAGGAAGGCGGCCGCGGGCGCGCGCGGCAGGAAGCUGAGCGCCUUCCUGAAGGACUUCGACCGGGAGGUGAGGAGCCGGGUCGAGCAGCUGCGGACGAACGGGGAGCGCCUGGUCAAGGAGAUGGAGAACCUGUACGACGUGGAGCUCCUCCGGCUGCCCGCGGCGCUCCGCGAGAUGAACUGGCUGGAGUUCUUCGGUGACGCUGACCGAGCCUCAGGAGCCCCGGGCGGCACGUGGCUAGAAGUGAGAGCUCAGUCCAUCUGCAGGUUUGGAGGCACAUGCCUGCCAGCAUGGACGGAGCCUGGGUGGGGACCUGGAGACCUCAUCGCCCACGCGGCCUCAUCUCGGCCCAGUUCCCCAGCCCCGGGCCCCAGUACUCCAUCCCGGGGACAACAGGUUAUGUGGGCCACAGCCCCACCAAAGCCCGUGCCCCCGCCUACACGUUUAGAGGGACCAAACCGCCUGCGGCAGGGAGCUGCGGGCCAGGUCCCUGCUACUUUGUGGAGCCCGCCAUCACCAGGAACGGGAAGUACGUGGCUCCGGGCGCCCAGCUCCGGGGACGACCCGCGACGAAGACCACCGUCACUCCCGGACCAAGUGACUACCGCACCGAGGCAGCCAACAGGCACGUCUUCAAGUGCCCACCGGUUGCAGUCCAUGGCCUUCCGGCGGGAGCCCCUCCGGACAGACCACCCUCCAGGUCCUGGCACCUACACGCUGCCCAGGCUGAUGGGGCCCAACACAGUCUACACAUCGGCCAGCCCCUGCUACUCUGUGAGGGGAAGGAGCCAGCGAGGUCGGUUUGACGAAGACCUUGCCAAGACUCCGGGUCCUGCGGCGCUCCCCAAAGUGCCUGUGGAUGCCUACAAGACCAGGGCGCCCGCGUACACGAUGGCAGCCCGACCAAAAGCUGGAGAGGGCAAAGCAGCGAAGCCCGGGCCGGCAGACUACAGCGUAGGCCGGGUGACGCUGAUCAAGCCCCAGGCGCCUGCAUCCACGUUUGGAAUCCGGCAUUCCCUCUACACAACCCCUCUCAUCGUGGAGUGAAACAGCAAAGCCUGGAAGGCCUGGUUUCCUUUCCUGGAACGGAAGGGGAGGGGAAGAGAGAGCGACCAUCUGCCGGUUUCCCUUUGAUUCCAUUUCCCUGCCUCGUGCCUCGGGUUGGGCUUUUGCCCAUUUUACUGUUGGAUGCCAGCGAUAGGAGUAAGUCGUUAAUAAAAUGUACCUUUAUGUAUA